GGAAUCGGAGGACUUGAGCAGAAUGAGGAAGCAGUUCAUAACGUCAUUUGCUGCAAGAUUUGCAGCAAAUUGCUACUAGGAUCAUUUCUCAAUUAGUCGAUGAUGAUACGACAGCUUGUCAUCCAAUUUGAAGUUGUUGAUAGUAGUUUUAGUCAAACCAUCGCAUGUCUUCCACUUCCAAAAAAAACGCUGUGUUAGCAAUUAACUGUUACAUAUAUAGUGGCAAUUUAAUCGGUAGAUUAUCGAAUCUUUUUAUAGUGUGAGGCGUUUUUACAAAACUAAUCAUUACGUGUUUCUUGAAAUGAUCAUUGUAAUCCGCUUUUAUUCGUGACAACGUUGUUCUUCUUUUGCUGCGCCCAAAAAGGUAUAAUAAUUCAGAAAAAAGCUGUAAUUAUUAUUUUGAUACAAACCUUCAAAUAAUCUUCUCGAAGCUUGAGAAUGCGAAUAUUUUGCGAACAAGUGCGCGCGCGCGCGCGCGUGUGUGUGUAAUAACGUCAGUUUUCCUGUAGAAAUUUACGGGUAAAAUCUUACUCAUAACUUCCUCACUUCCAGUUCCGAUGAAAUUAGGUUCAUUUGGAAAUAUUAUUGUUCAUAAAUAUAAAAAUAUUAUUGUUUAGUUUUCUGAAUACAAAAUGACAAUGAGACUUGCCGUGUGUAUUGUUUCUACGCUGGUGCUUGGAACAUCAGCCAUAAUACAUGUUCCGAAUAUCACGCAAUCGCCUUCGGACUUAAGCACGGUCGAUGGCAAAAUCAUCCAGAUCACGUGCCGCGUUUUUGGCACGCCUAAGCCCGAGGUCAAGUGGGUUAGGGACGGAUUAGAAUUGACCGGCAGACGUUACAAGAUCCUGGAUGUAGGUGAUUUGGAGAUCGAGAACGUGACAUUUCAGGACGCCGGUAUUUAUACGUGUUACGCUUCCAAUACAUUCGGUGAGGUGAAUGCGUCCGCCUGUUUGACAGUGAAAGAGCACACUAAGAUAACGGAUGAACCGGAGGACUAUGAGGUAGCACGAGGUUCCAAUUCCAUUGCCAAAUUCAGGUGUAAAGCCAUUGCUGAUCCCACUCUACCUCUAACCAUAGACUGGCUGAGCAAUGGUGAACCAAUAGACUUCAAGAAGCAACCAAGAUUUGUACAAAUCAACAAAUAUACUCUAAUAAUCAUAGGGAUAACUGAAUUGGAUUCUGGUGUCUAUACGUGUAUCGCUCGCACUGAUCUCGACGAGGUGAGAGCACAAGCGACGCUGAUGGUUCAAACCGUACCUAAUGCGCCGCGAUUAGUCAGCACCAAGUGCAAUCCCAACUCAGCUAUCGUCGAAUGGAUACCUAUGGGAGAUAACAGAGCUCCUAUUCUACAUUAUAUAAUUCAAUACAAUACUACCUUUACACCGGAUAUUUGGGAGACAUCCACAAAUUAUGUCCCAGCUACGGAUCUGAGAUACGAAGUACCUAUGUCACCUUGGGCUAAUUACACGUUCCACGUUCUUGCGUUGAAUAAAAUUGGUCUUUCUCUACCGUCACCACAUGGCGAUGUUUGUACCACCGAAGCGGACGUUCCUUAUAAAAAUCCGGACAAUGUUAUGGGCAAGGGUACAACGCCGCAAAAUUUGGUUAUUUCGUGGACUACCAUGCCGGAGAUAGAGCAUAAUGGGCCCAAAUUUCUAUACAAGAUAUUUUAUAAAAGAGAUAUACCAGGUGAAAACUGGGUUACAGUUGAUGUACAUGAUUGGAAAAAAAAUAAUGUGGUGGUGGAAAAUCAACCUACUUAUCAGAAAUACAGAAUUAAAGUCGUUGCGAUAAACGAGAAAGGAGAAUGUAGAAUUCCAGCCGAUGAAGUUAUCGGAUACUCCGGAGAAGACGUACCUCUACAAGCACCCGAUAAUUUUACACUGAAUGAAAUAAAAUCCGGUACAACCGCUCAGCUGUCGUGGAGUCCGGUACCAGAGGAAACGGUAAGGGGCGAAUUGCAGGGUUACAAGAUUCAAACAUGGACGGACAAAGACGGCGAGGAGGGAAUGCGGGAGAUUGAUAUUCGUGGUGGAGAUAAAACGCAUGCUUUAAUCGCGGAAUUCGUUCCAUAUAGCAAAAAUUUCGCAAGAAUACUUGCUUACAAUGGCGGGUACGCCGGUCCUGCGUCUGAUACAUUAAGCUUUGAUAUGCCGGAAGGAGUACCAGGACGAGUGCUCGAUUUCGAAGUAUUAAACAUGGGAUCCAGUGCGCUGUUUUUAAAGUGGACGCGGCCUGCGGAAACAAACGGUAUUUUAACCGGAUAUAAAAUUCGUUGUCAAGUUUCGAACAAAGUCACAGAUGAGGAAACGUUACUUGAGACAAAACCGCAUGUUGUCGAUGCACAAGCUACGAGUACCAAAUUAUCCGCACUAAUACCCGCCACGUUGUAUAUCGUUACCAUUAGUGCCACAACCAGGAUCGGUGAAGGCAUUUACUCUAUGAUCGUCCGAAGUACAUGGAGGCCUCAUCGACCUGACAUCCCACGCUUUACAUGGGAAGCCGUACAAGUGGAGCAUGGAUACUCAAACGUAAGAGUUAUUUGGUUGCCGAAUUUGUACGGUAAUCCGGGAAGCUAUUUUUUCGUCAAGUAUAAGCUGAAAGGAGAAACGAUAUUUUUGGAGACAAAACCCGAGUUCCAAUCGACUCAUAUUGAGAUACGUUUUCUUCAAAGCGGUGCAAUUUACACAAUGUCGAUUGUCGCUGUUGACGGAGAUUACAUGACCGAGAGUGUUCUUAAAGAAAUAGAGACAAAUAAUGAAGGGCCUAUUCAACCUAAGGAGAAUGCCACGGCUGCUAGUAUAUACGUAAGGUUUCUUUACAUAAUGGCAUAAAAUGCAAAAAAUUCAAUCAAGUUUAGCUAAAAGAAACAGACUGUAUUUUUGACAUGUUAUUUGUAAAUAAUAUCUGGAUCUUAGAAAAUUCUUGUUUCAACAUAAAAUUAUAUUUUGUAUUUAAUUUUUAAUUUACGUCAUAUUAAUACACACUGAAAAUGGUUUAAUAAUAAGCCGGGACGUUUUAACAUUUUUGCGAAACGAUUAUGAAAAGUUUUAAGAUAUUUUAAUAAAGUUCUUUUGUGAGUGAAAACCAUUCCAGUGGUGUAACUUCAAAAUUUCCACCCGCAAGCAUGACCUGUCAUUGAAAAGAGUAGUCAUAAUACAUUUUUAUUUAGAUUAGGUUUAGGCGAUUUAAAUAUUAUAAAAUAAAAAUUCAAUUAUGUACACUUUAUAUUGCACACAAUUUGCAGCAUUCUUUGCGCACGACAUGGAAUUAUGUAUGAACAUUAAAUUUUAGCUUAUUAUAGUAACAGAGUACCUUUUUUUGCUUCAAGUUUUAUUAAGUUAUUUCUGAUAAAUUUUUAUAAUAUUUAUUUUUAUAAUUUUGUGUUAAUGGAAAGAAAAGAUGUAAUAAGUAGAUUUUGCUUGAAAGAAAAAAAAAGCUUUGUUGAAAAAGAAGAAAGAUUUAAAUCACGAUAUCGUUUUAUGGUUUUUACUCCUAUUUAUUUUUUAAUCGGACGCACAGUGAUCAGAAACUGCGCGAGAAUGCUAUAAAUAAAAUUUUUAGAAUUGACGAAUUUGCGAAUUGAGUGUGAAUCAAUAAACUUGCGAACUUAAUCCCGAUUUAAUCGACUUUAAUCUCGAUUAUUUUAAGGAUUUGUUAUAUAGAGAAUUAGACUUAUGUUACUUCAUAUAUGUAAAUUCUAGCAAAGCAUUAUGUUUAAGAUCUUUAUAUAUUUAGUCUAAUAUAAUAUAUAAUACAAUUUAUAUUUUUUGUACUACAUUAGUCUCAAUUAUUCCCUACUUAAAGAAAACCAUAAUAAUUGCAACAAAUAUAUCCGCCAUAUAGUUUACAAAAAAUUAUCAAUAUUUUAUAUAUUUAAUAGUUUACAUAUACACGCGAUAAAUAAUUCUAUUUGAAUCAUAUAAACCAAACCGAAUAGAUCUUUAAGAAUAAACUUCUCUAAUUUUUU